AUGGACGCUCUUCAUAUCCCGAUCUUUCGUUGAAGUUCGUUUGUGCUAGCUAUAUCUUUCGUCAUAUGGGUAAAAAUACUUAUAAAGACUGAAGGAAUAAUGGUUAUUUCUUGAGGUGCUCUUAAUUGCUCACUUUGGAUUUUCAUAAAGACCUCUUUUUUAAAAUUUAAAGUUAUUAAAUUUGUGUGCACUUUAUUUUAUUUUGUUUUGAAAAGUAAUUGCUGUAUUCUGUAUUCUAUACAAACCAUUUUAACAUUUUUUCAACAGUAA